AGUGCAGAAAAUUGGGGGUCUGAAGCAGAAGGAACUUUUGGGGUGAAAGGCAGAGGGAAAGGAGGCAUUGGGGUGUGGUGUCUUUUGACCCUCUCUCCCCCUCCACUCUCUGAGAUCCCAGUUCUGGGGCCUCAGCCCCAUCCCCGGUCGCUAAGGCAGAUCGCCCCUCUGGACUCUGGGUGGGUGACACCCAGUUUUCAGAUCUCCAAGGGAAUCCAAAAGGAGAAGAGCAGGAUGCUCCAGGACACCAAUCCCUGGAAGAAGGAGCUGGGCAUUGGUGAUGAGCUGGUGGCCGUGAGACUGCAGAAGCUGGAGCAGCAGCGCCGCCUUUUUGAGAAGAAGCAGAGACGGAAGCGCCAGGAACCUCUUAUGGUUCAGGCCAACCCUGACGCCUCUCUGAGACCCCGGCGGCCUCAGAGGCGGGAGGAGAGGGGCACCGUGUGGAGAGGCCCGGGGAGCCCUCCCCUCCUGGACCCCAUCCCCGAUUCGCGGAUGCUGCCCCGUGCCCACAGCAGUCCGGGGCCUGUGAAUUGUGGCAGGACCCGGGGCCGGGAGAAGGGGGUUCGCCACUCCCCGCCUGGAGCAGACAACUCUGACCCUGAGCUGGAGGAGGUGUCGGUGGCCGAUACCCCAGCCUUGGCCUCGCCACACAAGGAUAUUCUGGGGGCCCGUCGCCGGGGCUGGCAGGCUUGCCAGAGAACCGGAGUGGAGGAGACGGUCCUGCUCCAGGACACAGAAGAGGGGCAGGGGGAGCCUGCCGAGGGGGUGACCGCAGGCCAGUUCACUCAUGGCAGAUUUCAGCGGGAGAGGAAGCCGUCCCCACAGCCAGGCUUCAACUUGAAAGAUGAGGCCGAGGGGGAAGACAAAAGCUGCAGCUCUGGAGGAAGUUUUUCUCCUUCCAGCAAGGAAGAUGAGAAGGAGCAGAAGGAGCUGGUUGGGGCCGGCGGAGGGGACGGGGCCGGUUUCCCCAGCUGUCCGAACCAGGCCCCCGGGCCCCAGGCCGGCGAAGACAUGGAGAAGUAUGCCCUGCGGCCAGUCCCCCGCGGCUUCACGGCCCAGUGCCGGAUCAUCCGGGACAAACGUGGCCUGGACAAGGGCAUCUUCCCCUCCUACUACCUGUACCUGGAGGGUGUCAACGGAAAGAAGCAAUUUCUCCUGGCCGGCCGCAAGAGAAAGAAGAGCAAAACUUCCAACUACCUCAUUUCCCUGGACCCCACAGACCUGUCUCGGGAUGGAGAGAAUUAUAUCGGGAAAGUUAGGUCCAACGUGCUGGGGACCAGAUUCACCAUCUUCAACAAUGGAAUCAACCCCGAGAAGAAACCAUUUGUACCCGAGUCAGCACAGCUUCGGGAGGAACUAGGAGCCGUGUGCUAUGAGACCAACCUCCUAGGCUUCCGGGGACCCCGCAAAAUGACCGUCAUCCUCCCAGAGAUCGACGCCCAGGGCCAGAGACUCAGCAUCUGGCCCCAAUGUGAGCGGGAGUCCCUCCUGAACCAGGUGCAGCGAGGAGCGCUUAAGGGACUGGUUCUGCUGCAGAACAAGACGCCGUCCUGGAACGAGGAGAACGGCGCCUACGUCCUCAACUUCCACGGCCGCGUCACCCGGGCUUCCGUCAAGAACUUCCAGAUCGUCUACCCGGAAGACCGUGAGCCCGGGGCCAAGGGCAGAGCCGAGUACCUGGUGCUACAGUUCGGCCGCAUCGCUCCCGACCUCUUCACCAUGGACUUCCGCUUCCCCCUCUGCCCCCUUCAAGCCUUCGCCAUCUGCCUCUCCAGCUUUGAUGGGAAGCUGACCUGCAAGUGAGGGCAACUAGGCUGCUUUUCUGUACCAGCAAUAAACUUAUUUCCCUUA